GGUUAAUUCAAAAUUGUGUUUUGUUUUCAAGUAUUAUGGUUUGAGUUCGUGUAGGGUUGCUUUUUGUUCAGUUUUUCUGCUGGUGUAUCGUUUUCGCGUUUAUUUCAAAAUUCUGUGUUGAAUAAUCGAAUUUUUUUUAUCAUUAUCGCUGACUACCGUUAUUUUGCGAUCGACUCUUCCUGAAACUCUUGUUCCUCGUGUAGUUUGUGAAAAUCGAAACAGUAGCCCGUUAAGCAUGGAAAAAUACACGACACGAAUGGAGAUGUUGUUUUUUUUAAUGAAUGAAAAAAAAUAUAUAUUGGAAGAAAAUGCAAGGCGUUUACUUAUCCCAGUGAUGAUGGCGGUGCAUUAACAAAUCAGAGCAUUUACCGAUAUCACCAACGAGGACUUAAUUUCCAUGUACAUAUCAUCUUGUAAAAAACAUGGUACCUAUCCCAUACCAACCGUAUUAGACCAGUUAUCAAAAUUAGAAUUGAAAAUUGAACGCAAUAAAUUAUUUUCGCUCAAAGGAAUAACGUUAAAUGCAACGAUAUGUGAGACGUUAGAAGAUAUUUUAAAACAUAUACAGUUUCAGCAGAUUAAUUUAGAAUCGACAGCUUUGGAUGAAGAAGCAUCCGUUGCAUUAUUCGAUAUGCUGGAAUAUUACGAAUCAGCAACGCAUCUGAAUAUAUCAUCGAAUCACGAAAUCGGUGUCAGAGGAUGGCAAGCUUGCGCCCGAAUGAUAAAAAAAGCUUGUUGUUUGGAAGAACUGGAAGCAAGAAAUACGACGUUAAAUGAAGUUUCAAUGCCCAUACUCGGUCGUGCCCUCAAAGUCGGAUCUCAAUUACAAGUAUUAAAAUUAGAAAACUGCGGACUAAACGGUCGUUCUCUUAUUAUAUUAGCUUCAGCCUUAAAGGUGAAUUCAAACCUAAAAGAGUUAUACUUAGGUGAAAAUAAUUUAGGAAUGAAUGACGCUAAUCAACUCGGUUCAAUGCUCAAAUGUAAUACUACAUUGCAAUUACUCGAUAUUAGCCACAACGAUAUCAAAGAUGCGGGGUUCAAUUACAUAAUUGACGGUAUCAUAGACCAAGGGUUCGGUUUGUCAGUAUUAAUGGUGUGGAAUAACCAACUUACCAAAAAUAUCGCUUACACUUUAGUCAGACUGCUGGGCGAAUGUACCGGUUUAGAAACGUUGAACGUCGGACAAAACGUACUGAAUGACGAAUUCUUACGUAUCAUCAAGGAUCCAUUAAUAUCGAACAAAAACCUGCUAAGAUUGGGUUUACAGUCGACGGCGUUGACAAACGAAGCUGCCUUCAUUAUAUCGGAUAUUUUAAAUUCGAAUAGUUUGAUUCAGAGAGUUGAUUUGAGAGAUAAUAAUAUCCAAACUACCGGACUAUCGGCGUUAUUGGAAUGUUUGAAGGAAAAUUCAAGUUUAAUAAGACUGGACUUAGAUAAACUGCCUCGCAAAUCCGCAUUUACCGAAAACAGCGCUUCGAAUUACAAAGCGUUAGUAGAAGAAAUACGUAAAAAAUGCGCCGAAAACGAAAGAAACAUCAUGGAACGUAAAAACGAAUCGGAUAAUUGUAGCAGCGAAGAAGAAGAUUCGGUCAAAGAGCUGAGUGCCAAGUACAGAAACCUUCAAUUAUCAGUUGUCGACUCGAGAAAAAUUUCGUUGACGUGCGAAUCAUUGGAAUUUCGACCGCCGGAAAAUCUUAUCAGUAAUUCGAAUUUCUUAGGAGAGCCGAAGAAAAACGGUAGAUUAAGAAGUCCGGCGCCGAGCCCUAUACCUAGUCCGGUAUCGAGUCCUUCGCCUGUACGUAGUCGUUUCCAAGUAUCGAAAGUAGUCGAGGGUCAAAAUUCUCCUCCGUUGUACAAUCCUAUCGGUAGCGGGAACAAAACCUCGUCCAGAUUUAAAGUUACCGUCGUCGAACCGGAAACCAAACCGUUAUCUGACAGCAAUAUAUCGGACGACAGUAAUGAAAUCACGUUAACUAUAAAUUAUCCGAUGAACAGCGAAAAAACGUAUCCGGGUAAAGAGAACAAAAACGAAGAUUCUAGGAAUAAAUGUAGAAACGAGGAAAUUACCAAAAGUAGAAAUUCGCAGAGCGAUCAAAGUAAAAAAGACGAGAAAAUCAUCAGUAUCAAAAUAGAUUCGGCUCCAGCUAAGAAUAAAGACACCUCGUCGAAUCCUAUAACGGAAAAAAUACGUAAAUUAUCGUGGGUCGGGCCUAUUCUGCAAGCUCCCUCGGCAGCGAUGGAAUCGGCUAAAAUACCUACUAAUCUGGAGAAAUUACUCGGCCUAUUUCAAAAUCCGUUUGUACGCAGUUCGAAUAAAACCGACGAGGUUAUUAAAUCUGCGAGCAGCGAACCUAUAUUGACGGAAAGUCAUCGAGAUAGCAGUAAAACUGUGUCGAUGAACGAGGAUGUGGAAACCACGCUACCAAGUAGCCAAGAAAAAUCGGACGAUAAGCUUAGCUUCGGAGCUAUCGAUUUACCCGCUGAUGAGAACAGUUCCGCUAAUGAGUUUAGCAAAUUAAGCGAAAAUAUUAUUAAGAAGCUGUCCGAACAGAUUGAGUUUAAAGAAAAGAAAUUAUUCGGCGAUGCGAGCACAGCCACGAACUCGAGAUCGGAUAAAGGUACCGAAAACUUGACCGGUAAGAGUGAUAGCGAAUUUGGCGUUUCGGAAUCUAAAGCGUUUCCCGCCACUUGGCCGCAGAAAUUAUCUCCUAACUAUCUCCCCUCGCCCAGCAAAAGCUCUCCCAAUAUCUUGGAAGCUACCGCUUUCGUAUUACUGCAAGGACACGUUCCUUCCGAUUUAACCACCAAGUGAAUAUUACGCGUAAUAAGUACGUAUGUGUGAAAGCUGUGCUUUUUGGUGAACGUUUCACUGCCUAGUAUCACGUGGAUACUUUGGUGUAUCGUAAUCGAUAUCCUUCUCUAGUGUAUUGUUUUGCAAUCAAGGAGAUUGGCAAUGAAUUGAAAAUUCGCGCUGGGUUUUUGUACCUUUCUCUCUUACAGACUACCAUGUAGGUAUUUUACGAUCAUACUGGUCGAGCCAGUAAUUGGAAAUUUGUAACUUGAUAAUAUGUAGGUACGUAAGUACAACGUACAAAUGUAGCUAUGGAAUUACGCUUUUUCAAAUAUCAAACUACUCACCAACAAGAAGGGAACGAUCUUUUGUUAUGUACUUACUUGAGUAAGUUUGAAACUGAACAAAACGAAUUUGUCGAUAGGUUUCCUGUGUUGGAAAAAUAUUAUAAUAUUCGAACAAAAUUAAUUUUUCAAACUGUGUUAUCCAAGUUUAGCGCGAUAGUAUUCGACAUCUAAGAUUUUGACGCUUUGCUUGGAAAAGAGUGUAGUUUUAUUGGCAAUAAAAGUUCCCGUACGAUUAUUGGUUGAAAAACAAAUUUAUAAUUGAUUCCAAAUUUUGAAACGACAAAAACAAAAACGAACCAAAGUUGAUUUUUUUUCAAUCCUCUGACGUUCGAGAGCAAUUCAAAUGUGCGUACUUGAGAGGCUCAAAUGUUGGAUCACAAUUUUUGCAAAAAAAAAAAAGAAAGAAAGAAAAGUGAAAAAUAAGUCUAGUUUUUA